CGCAGCGCCGGGAUGGCGGCCGCGGAGAGGCGGCUGCGGGGCCUCGGCCGUCUGUGCCGCCUGCUGCUGCUCCUCUCUCAGUUCUACAUUCAGUGUGGCGGUGAGCAUUCGCAGCCGCUGGCCCAGGCGGUGAAGGACGCAGUCCCCACGCGUGCAGCCACGACCGUCCCCGGGGCAGCAGAAAGCACCGAAAUCCCAUCAUACGUGAUGAAGUGUCCAAGCAACGGCUUGUGCAGCAGACUUCCUGCCGACUGCAUAGAUUGUGCGACCAACUUCUCCUGCGUCUAUGGCAAGCCCGUCACGUUUGACUGUACGGUGAAGCCUUCUGUGACGUGUGUCGAUCAGGACUCGCGGUCCCAGAAGAACUUCGUCAUCAACAUGACUUGCAGGUUUUGCUGGCAGCUGCCCGAGACAGACUAUGAAUGCUCCAAUUCCACCAGCUGCAUGGCGGUGUCCUGUCCGCGGCAGCGCUACACCGCCAACUGCACGGUGCGGGACCAUGUCCACUGCCUGGGGAACCGUACAUUUCCCAAAAUGCUGUACUGCAAUUGGACUGGAGGCUACAAGUGGUCCACGGCUCUGGCUCUGAGUAUCACCCUCGGCGGCUUUGGAGCAGAUCGCUUCUACCUGGGCCAGUGGCGGGAGGGCCUCGGCAAGCUCUUCAGCUUCGGGGGCCUGGGCAUAUGGACGCUCAUCGACGUGCUGCUGAUCGGAGUGGGCUACGUGGGCCCCGCCGACGGCUCGCUCUACAUCUAGCUGCAGUGUGUGCCGCGCCCAGGGCCGCGCUCUGGAGUCGGCGGGGCAGGAGGGGCGCGGGUCCGUUCUUAUGUACAGCAUCUGUACUUAGCUUGCCUUGAUGAAGGUAAAAUAAAGGUGAAAUGAAACGCCGACCCAUGCUAAUCUGGAAUUUGCUUUUAUCUGCCUGAAGUGCAUUUUUUUCUGUGAAAAAGUAUCCACUUAUUUAAACCAGAAGAACCAAUUCUGCAUGAUCGACCACCCGCUUAGUUUAUACUUUGGGGUUUGUGUUGUUUACGUUAACCCCUUGUUGUCUCCCGCCGGGAUGAGGUUGCAGGAAAAAGGGGGAUUCUGUGAUCCCCACAAAGGGACCCCUCCAAACUGCCAUGUACUGUACACUUAGGGUAACAGCCAUGCAGUGUGGGCUUGAACGUGACUUUGUGAACUGCAGAAAUGGUGUGUCAUAUAGCCUGAUCUUGUUAUUAAAAAGGUUGCAAGAAUGCUGAAAGAUGAAUAAAAUUACUAUUUUAAGAAAUACUCUAAA